GUAAAACUCCCUUUCACUGUAAUCAAUUUGGUCUCACAAGUCUUUAUUAGUUUGACAUCUCAAAGUAUAGGGUUUGAAUGGCAUUUUCUGUAAAUUAUGAAAGUGAAUGGUCAAGAGUUUCAAGGAUUGGAUAAGUUAAGUAUUGUUUUUAUUGUGCCUUCUUUUUAAAAUGGAGAAAAGAAAUAUUUAAAAGUAAACAUUUCAAACAAAUUUCAUGACAUGUGCAAAAGUUUUUCUAAUCAAAAUCUUGAAACAAGUAGGUUUCAUAUUCUUUAAUAAAAUUUUUAAAAAUGACAUGGAAAAAAUUGAACCAGGAAAAGCAAAAAUAUACAAGCUUAGAAUUUGAAAGACAACCUUUAUUAUAAACUAAAUAUCCUUAAGUAGAAUGAGGGUACUGCGGCUGGUGUCUGGAACUUGACCCAACAGGUGGGGUGAUUCUGCUUGAUGAUUGACUGAAGUAGCUAGUGCAAUUUCUCAUGCUCAAAAUAUUUUUUCCUUGAUCUAUUUACUUUUAAUUUUUCAAAAAUAACAUCACUCAAACUAGAAAUUGACGAUAAAAAACCAGUAAGUUAGUGUUGGAAAUAAGUAAAAAUCAACUCAAAUUCAACGGGAACAUUAGAUACACACAUAAGCAAUUACAUCACCACAUUGCUAGCAAACAAUAAUUUUAACUAGAAUAAACCCAAAAUAUAGUCUAUGUGACAGUCCUAAAUCUUAGUUUUUUUUGGUCUGGUUUGGAGUUAAUAAUGUUACAAUGGAGGGAAAUGCAAAUAUUAGAGAAGAUUAACGUGGUAUGUUUGAGCUAAUUUGAAGGGAAAAAUGAGGAAAGAAAGGUUGGUUCAAUUGCAAAUGCUUUCUGCACGCUCAACUGAAGAUUUGUCACAGUUUUCCUGAGACAUUGUGACUAUUUUUCACUCUCAACAUAUAUGAACAAUCUCUGUUUCUUUUCUUUUUCUCACUCACUUUCUUUCACACCAUCCAACAAAAACAUAAAUAUACUACUUGAGUUACAAUUACGAAUGCGUGCCUCUCAGAAGCAGAUAGCAGCAAUUGUCAACUUCAGAAUUAACAUUAGCAUUAUUAAACCUGCUAUGAUGUGUCAGAAUUAAAAACCACACACGCAGGUCUAAAUAAUUCUAUUUGACAAUAAACAAGUCAUGCAAAGAUAACAGGUGCACCAUGAUGUCGAUGCUACGUAACCAAAGACAAAAUACCCUUUAUUAUAUAUCUAUGCUUCUGGUUACUUCAUCAACAAACAGUUCUACUAUAGUUUUUCCUUUCUCUUAGUAAUCACCUUCUGCAUGCUUUUAAGCUAAACCUUUUGAGGUUCCAUGGAUUAUGCAAGCAACAGAAGCAUGAUGAGAAGUGAUUGGAUUUGGAAAUAUGUGAAGAGUGUUGGUGAGAGAGUGAGAAAAUCCACAGGUUUGGCAUGGAGAACAGCAGUGAAAGUAGGGAAAGAGGAUCCAAGAAGGGUGGUCCACUCUUUGAAAGUGGGUUUUGCUUUGACACUGGUUUCUUUGCUGUAUCUGAUAAAGCCUUUGUUCGAAGGGAUUGGACAAAAUGCCAUGUCAGCUGUUCUCACUGUGGUUGUGGUCAUGGAAUUCACAGUAGGAGCAACAUUAGGCAAAGGACUAAAUAGAGGGUUGGGGACUCUUCUGGCAGGAUCAUUGGCAUUUCUUGUGGAGUAUGUUGCAGACAUCCCUGGUCGGAUUUUUCAAGCUGUUUUCAUUGGUUCUGCAGUUUUUAUUUGGGUAAGAGCUGUAACUACUUAUGUGAGGUUCAUCCCCCAUAUCAAGAAGAACUAUGACUAUGGUGUUAUGAUAUUUCUCUUGACUUUCAAUUUGAUAACUGUAUCAAGUUACAGAGUUGAUAAUGUCUGGGCAAUUGCAAAAGAUCGUAUAGCCACCAUUGCCAUUGGUGGUGGCCUCUGCCUUGUAUUGAGCCUUUUGCUUUUCCCAAACUGGUCAGGGGAAGACCUCCACAACUCCACCAUAGCAAAGCUCGAAGGUCUAGCCAACUCUGUUCAAGCUUGUGUUGUGAGAUACUUUAAUGAUUCUGAAAAUCAAGAAACUCAAGAUGAUGCUUCUGAUGAUCUGAUUUACAAAGGUUACAAGGCUGUCUUAGAUUCUAAAUCCAAAGAUGAAACACUGGCACUGCAAGCAAGUUGGGAGCCAAGAUGGUCAAAUUAUUGGCACAGAAUUCCGUGGCGGCAAUAUAAAGUAGUGGGGGUUACUCUUCUCCAUUUUAGUUACACUAUUGUUGCACUACAUGGGUGUCUGCUGUCUGAAAUUCAGACCCCAGGAUCAAUUAGAGCUCUCUACAAAGACUCUUGCAUCAGACUUGCAGAAGAAGUGUCUAAAGCACUGAGGGAGUUAGCUAAUAGCAUAAGAAAUAAGCGUCAAUUUUCCCCUCAAGCACUCUCUGACAGUAUCAAUGAAGCUCUACAAAAUCUGAAUGAUGAGUUGAAAUCCCAGCCACAACUAUUUCUAGGCUCAAAGAAUUUUGGUGGAACCACACAUGCUGAAGAGGAGACUAGAGUCUCAGUCUCGAGUUUUAGGAGUGAUUGUUCUCCCAAGUUUGAGUACAAAUCCAGAGAACUUUCUGGUGAAAUGUCAGUGGAGGGACACAAGAAGGUUUUGAAGCCACUGAUGAGUAAGAUUGUGAUGACAAGCCUUGAGUUUUCAGAAGCAUUGCCUUUUGCAGCUUUCACUUCUAUGCUUGUGGAGAUGGUGGCAAAGUUGGAUCAUGUUAUUGAUGCAGUUGAUGACUUGGCCAAAUUGUCACGCUUUAGAGAGUUCAGAGAUGAAGAUGAGAUUGUUGUGAGUUGUGAAAAACCAAAGAUAGUUCACAAUGACUUGCCCUCUUAUGCAUUUGAUUAACUAGGGAGUAUUAAUAUUCUGCCUUAGAAUUUUAUGUUUAUUAUCCCACAAGCAUAGUUAAACGUUUUGAGUAGGUGUGUGUGUAUUAAUAAGGCAUAUGUGGGGAGAGCAGUAAUGUAGUUUUAAGUGUUGUGAUAGAAAACAUGUAAUGAAGAAAUGAACAACUCUGUUAGCAGAUGUUUUAAUUGCAAGAUA